CUGGUGAAGAAAUACUGUCCUAAACGUUCAUCCAAAGACGAAGAGCCCAGGUUUACCUCAUGUAUAGCCUUUUAUAAUAUCCUUAAUGAAUUAAAUGACUACGCAGGACAGCGUGAAGUAGUAGCAGAAGAAUUGGGACAUAGAGUAUAUGGAGAACUGAUGAGAUAUUCCCACGAACUCAAAACAGAAAGGAAACUGCACCUUCAAGAGGGUCGAAAAGCACAACAGUAUCUUGACUUGUGUUGGAAACAAAUGGAUAAUAGCAAAAAGAAAUUCGAAAGAGAGUGCAAAGAAGCAGAAAAGGCACAGCAAUGUUAUGAGAGACUGGACAAUGAUACCAAUGCCACUAAAGCAGAUGUUGAAAAAGCAAAGCAGCAACUAAACCUACGUACACAUAUGGCUGAUGAAAAUAAAAAUGAAUAUGCUGCACAGCUCCAAAAUUUUAAUGGUGAACAGCACAAGCAUUUCUAUAUUGUCAUUCCUCAAAUAUACAAGCACCUUCAAGAAAUGGAUGAACGACGAACCAUCAAACUUAGUGAAUGUUAUAAAGGAUUUGCAGAUUCUGAGAGGAAAGUUAUUCCAAUAGUUUCAAAAUGUUUAGAAGGGAUGAUUGCUGCAGCCAAAUCAGUGGAUGACCGCAGGGAUGCUCAAAUUGUAAUAGACUCCUUUAAGUCUGGCUUUGAACCUCCUGGAGAUUUUCCAUUUGAAGAUUACAGUCAACACAUUUAUAGGACUGUUUCUGAUGGAACGAUCAGUACCCCAAAACAGGAAGGAAUGAAAAUCGAUGCAAAAACCACUGUGGGCAAGGCUAAAGGAAAACUCUGGCUCUUUGGAAAGAAACCAAAGGGUCCCUCCCAAGAAGAUUUCAGUCACUUGCCACCAGAACAGAGGCGGAAAAAACUUCAGCAGAGGAUUGAUGAGCUUAACAGAGAAUUGCAGAAAGAGAAUGAUCAAAAAGAUGCCCUCAUCAAAAUGAAAGAUGUAUAUGAGAAAAAUCCACAAAUGGGUGAUCCAGGAAGUCUUCAGCCAAAAUUAAUGGAAACUAUGAACAACAUGGACCGUCUGCGAAUGGAAAUCCACAAGAAUGAGGCAUGGCUUUCUGAAGUUGAAGGUAAAGUAGCAACAAGAGGAGACCGAAGGCACAGCAGUGACAUCAACCAUCUCGUAACCCAAGGAAGAGAGAGUCCGGAGGGGAGCUACACAGAUGAUGCCAACCAAGAAGUUCGAAGCCCACCUCAGCAGCAUGGCCCCCAUAAUGAAUUUGAUGACGAGUUUGAAGAUGACGAUCCCUUGCCGGCUAUAGGACAUUGUAAAGCUAUCUAUCCAUUUGAUGGUCACAAUGAAGGUACCCUUGCCAUGAAAGAGGGGGAGGUUUUGUAUAUUAUAGAGGAAGAUAAAGGCGAUGGAUGGACAAGAGCUCGGAGGCAGAAUGGAGAAGAAGGAUAUGUGCCAACUACCUACAUAGAUGUAACUCUAGAAAAAAACAGUAAAGGUUCCUGAAGCGGGUAUCUGAGAAAAUGGGCGACAUGUUGAAGGAGGUUACAUGCAGCUGCUUUUGGGGGGGAGGGUGUUAGGCCCAACAAGAUGGGGAGAAAGCCAGUUGCAUGAAAGCAUGUAGGCAUAUGUUUCUCACUAACAAUGUUAGCAUUUCUCUUGUGUGUUCAAAAUUGUGGUAAGCUCUAAAGCUCCAUCCCAACAGAACCAAACACCCCAGUUUGAAAACAUAUCCUCUCCAUAGUUUGAAGUUCUGAAAUGCUAACUGUUUACCACUUGCAUUUUAUAUUGGCUGUUUCAGCUGCUUCCUUUUCCAUAUCCAUUUUCAAAAUCGGCGUUCAGUCGAAAUCUUGUCAUUGACAGUCUUCUGCCUGUGCCACUUCCAUGCUCGCCCUAACCUUUUCCUGCAUGUCUAGAUGCGUGUCAGGCAUGUUCGCCUAAUGUUUUGUACUUCCAUAGCUCUUCCUCGUCUCCUGCAUUUGUAGCAACCUCCAGUACUAAAGUUUUUAUUUCCCUACCCGUUUAUGUCACUGUAAUUUGUUUGUUUGUUUUAUCUUCUUCAUUGUGACCAUUCCAGUUCUUUGACGUUACACCGGCUGUGAAAGUAACAUUCAUUCUGCUUUGGGAAUGGAAUACAUCUCAGCACUAGGCCAUUCCAGCCUACCCUCAGCACCUCAAUACUUUCUCAUGAGCACUGAAAUCCUAAGAUAAUAAAGAGCACAGAUUUGCCGCUGUAAGACAACCAACUCUUUUCAGAAAUCAAGUGCUUGUCAUUCAGAUGCUGCCUUAAACUCUCGAGUGCCUAAAUCUGUUGAUUGCCAACAAUACCACUUCAGUAUCCCGCCAAGGGCUAUUGGGUCUCAGCUCUGUAUGACCUCAAUCUUUCUACAGUUCUGCAGCUGUUGGUAGCCAAUGGUAGAUGUUUUCUCGAUCUCUACCAUUCCACAACUCAAGGUGCAUUGUGAACGUGACACAUUGGAAAACAAAAGUACAUGUAUCGAUAUUUUUUUUUUACGUCCAAUGAAUGUUUUUAAUAGGAUUUUUAUGGGAGCCUUUUUUUAAUUGCCUAUUUUUUUUAGUUGGGGAUGGGAGAAGACACCAGUUUUUAAACGAACUGCAGUGCUCGUCUUAUUUCCAAGUAUGCUUUAUUGUAAGGACCAGUUAAAAAUUGGAGUGAUACUUUGUAAUGAUCUAUGUGCACUUUUAUUUGUAAACAUUGCGAUUGGGACACAUUUAUACAUGUAAAUAUAGUUGUCUGCAGCACCCUGUCAUUGCUCAUGUUAUUUGUCUGCCAUUUGUGAAUUAUGUUAACGAAACCAUUGAAUCUAAGCAAAAUAGGAUAAUCUUAGUAUAUGGGAAGGGAUGGGAGGGGCAAAGGAACAGUUAAAUUAAGCUUCAUAAACCAGCUUUCUGCUGUUUGUGGUAAUAUUUAAAAUCCUGCUUUUCUAAAGGUGGGAAUCAAAGCAAUAUUUGGACACGGCAAUGCUGGAUUCCUUUAGAAGUUUUUUCAGUGUUACUAGCAGUUGUACUAUCAGUAAAACUAAAUCUGUGUGACUCUUGUGUGGAAAUUUCUUCCUUUUUACUAUUAAGUGUGCCACUAUUACACAGAUGAUUUAGUGUAUUUACAUUGAGGGUGAUAAAACACUAAAGGUUAGAGUUUUGGGAUAUUGUAAACAGGGUUAUUUAUAAUAAUGUGACCGUAUGCCAUUACUGACCAAACUACAUGGAAUAGUUGUUUGUUUAAUGCUGGCUUUUCAUUUUAAAGUUCCAGAUGAAAGACAAUGAUUAGGUUCUCACUCUUCCAGCCAAGAACCCUAUGGAUUUAGCUUAACAGCCAGUUUGAGCUGCUUUUAACACUUCCAGUAAAGGACUAAUAGUUCUUUUGUGCUACUGUUUUUGUAAGGCAGGAUUUGUUUCCUCAGGAGGAUCUUUUUCUUCCUGUGGUAUAAAGCAUCCUUUAUGAGGGUAGUGAAAUGUAAA